GGCCGCACUGGUCCGAUUCGGGUGCGUUCCGAGCACCGCCAUGGCCCUGAGGUCCGAUGUCCUGGAUGAGCUGCCCGCCGCCUGCCUGUCGCCUUGCGGGCCGCCCAACCCGGCUGAGCUGUACAGCGAGGAGCGACGCCUGGCGCUUGAGGAGCUGGUGGUGGGCGGCCCCAACGCCUUCGCGGCCUUCCUGCGACGCGAGCGCCUCGGCCGCUUUCUGAACCCCGACGAGGUGCGAGCCAUCCUGCGCUCGGCCGAGCGGCCCGGUGAGGAGGGCGCGGCGGCGGCGGGGGCCGAGGACUCCUUCGGCUCGUCCCACGACUGCUCGUCCGGCACCUACUUCCCUGAGCAGUCGGACCUGGAGCCGCCGCUGCUGGAGCUCGGCUGGCCCGCCUUCUAUCAGGGCGCUUACCGCGGGGCCACGCGCGUCGAGGCGCACUUCCAGCCCCGCGGCGUAGGCGCAGGCGGCCCCUAUGGCUGCAAGGACGCGCUGCGCCAGCAGCUCCGCUCGGCGCGAGAGGUGAUCGCAGUGGUGAUGGAUGUUUUCACGGACAUCGACAUCUUCCGAGACCUGCAGGAAAUCUGCCGGAAACAGGGAGUAGCCGUAUACAUCCUUCUGGACCAGUCUCUACUCUCUCAGUUUUUGGAUAUGUGCAUGGAUCUGAAAGUUCAUCCUGAACAGGAAAAGCUGAUGACCGUUCGGACGAUUACAGGGAAUAUUUACUACGCCAGGUCAGGAACUAAAAUUGUUGGCAAGGUUCAUGAAAAGUUCACACUGAUUGAUGGCAUUCGUGUGGCCACGGGCUCUUACAGUUUUACAUGGACGGAUGGCAAAUUAAACAGCAGUAACUUGGUCAUUCUGUCUGGCCAAGUGGUGGAGCACUUUGAUCUGGAGUUCCGAAUCCUGUAUGCACAGUCAAAGCCCAUCAGCUCCAAACUCCUGUCCAACUUCCGAAGCAGUGGCAAGUUUGACCAUCUUGUCGACCAGAAACCACUGUCCAAGGAGCUCACGCUGGGCAACCUGCUGCGGCUACGGCUGGCCAGGCUCUCGAGCACCCCCAAGAAGGCUGAGCCGGGCUGCGCAGAGGGCCGGGCAGAGGCCAGGCAUGGGGACUCCGGCUCCUCCACCAUCAGUGAGGAAGACUACCUCGGCAGCCGCAGGGACAGACCAGAGAGUGGGAAGGCGACCGAUGCUGCCACGCAGACGGAGCCAGGAGAGGAGACUCUGGCUGUGAGUGUGAAUGAUGCAGGGACACAAACCGGCACUGCCACUGCAUGUGCUGGCACCCAGACCACAGUCACCACCAGGGUGGUGAGCUCCCAAACCGAGGUCCAGUCCACGUCGGCCACCACCCAGACCGACACGGAUGAGAACCUUCUCUUCUCUCAGGGAACCCAGUCGAAAGAAGGGUCACCAGUAUCAAGGAUGUCUGUGUCAAGAUCUUCCAGUUUGCGGUCUUCCUCCUCUCUGUCCUCCCAAGGCUCUGUGGCCAGCUCCAUUAGCUCCCAGACUUCUCUCCGAGCCACCGACCUCAUCACACCCGGGCACCCUACGUUUUGGAGCACCCCCCGCUUGGAUCUGUGCUUUAGAGACUCAUUCAGAAACUUGAACAAAGAGCGGCAGUUUCACUUGGCUGGAAUCAGGUCCCGGCUCAACCACAUGCUGGCUAUGCUCUCAAGGAGAACAUUCCUUACUGAAAACUACCUCGGCUUUGGUUCUGGGAGUUUCACCAGAUCAUCAGCUCAUUUGCUGGCGGUCAGAGAUAUCACACUUUAUCCCUCCUACCAGUGACUGCUCUGCGCAUGCACAGCCUCCGGCUUGGAGUAGACGACGUCAGAGCAUCCUGCUUUACACGAUGUCUCCUGUCCCUAAUUGCCUUUCUUUCACUCUGUCUUUGAAUUCUAGAAACUGCUCAUUACUGUAUGUGCUUUAGUUUUAUUUUAUUUUUAAUCAUGUAUAAACCAGGUAUUGGUUUUAUAUUUAAACACUAUGGGUACAGGUUUUUUGCACUAUUUUAUUAUUGAUUUCCUUUCAAGAGAAUGUUUCGGGGUUCUCAGACAAUUCAGGUAAGAGAGAAAAUAUGUUUUGCAUUUUUCUAGAUAUGUGUACUCUUCUGUUUUAGAGGUUUGAAUCACUUGUUUUUAUGAUCAAAUCCUAAUUAGAAAAAACUUAAAACUGUUUCUUAAGUGUCUGUCUCUCCUUUAGAAUAUCUGUUCUUAGCAUUAAAUAGUUGUAAACAACGCUU